CAGUUAUGUGAUGGACCUAUUGUUGCCUUCACCAUUCUGCACAAUGUUUACUGUAAUCAUGGGAUCAUCUAUGUUACACAACAGGGUACAUUGAAAAUUUGUCAACUUCCGUCUUUAUUAUGCUAUGACAACUAUUGGCCAGUACAAAAGAUUCCAUUGAAGGGCACACCCCACCAGGUCACUUAUUUUGCUGAGAAGAAUUUGUACCCACUUAUUGUAUCAGUUCCAGUUGUUAAGCCAUUAAAUCAAGUCUUAUCAUCUUUGGUUGAUCAAGAAGCUGGUCAUCAGAUUGAACAUGAUAAUUUCUCUUCUGAUGGAACCUACCCAGUAGAAGAAUUUGAGGUUCGGAUCCUGGAACCAGAGAAGUCUGGUGGUCCCUGGCAGAUCAGGGGUACGAUUCCCAUGCAAAGCUCUGAAAAUGCGUUAACUGUUCGCGUGGUUACUCUAUUUAAUACAACAACUAGAGAAAAUGAAACACUUUUGGCCAUUGGGACUGCCUAUGUACAAGGGGAGGAUGUUGCUGGACGAGGGCGUGUACUCCUGUUCUCUGUAGAGAGAAUUGCUGAGAGUUCUCAGACUACGAUUUCCGAGGUUUACUCCAAGGAGUUGAAAGGUGCUAUAUCUGCCGUAGCUUCACUUCAAGGUCAUCUGUUGAUAGCUUCUGGUCCAAAGGUUAUUUUACACAAGUGGACGGGUUCUGAUCUGACCGGGGUCGCCUUCUACGAUGCUCCCCCUCUUUAUGUCGUGAGCUUAAAUAUUGUGAAGAAUUUCAUUCUUCUUGGGGAUAUUCACAAGAGCAUUUACUUUCUCAGUUGGAAGGAACAGGGAGCUCAACUUACUUUAUUGGCCAAAGAUUUUGGCUCACUUGAUUGUUUCGCAACAGAAUUUCUAAUCGAUGGGAGUACUCUUAGCUUAACAGUUUCAGAUGAUCAAAAGAACGUACAGAUAUUCUAUUAUGCACCCAAGAUGUCAGAGAGCUGGAAAGGACAAAAACUUCUUUCUCGAGCUGAGUUUCAUGUUGGUGCUCAUGUUACCAAGUUUCUGAGGUUGCAGAUGCUUCCUACACCUGAUCGAACCAAUGUUGCUGCAGUCCCUGACAAGACAAAUCGUUUCGCUCUUUUAUUUGGGACUCUGGAUGGCAGUGUCGGAUGUAUUGCACCUCUAGAUGAAUUAACAUUUCGUAGACUUCAGUCCUUGCAAAAGAAACUUGUUGAAUCUGUGCCACAUGUUGCUGGAAUGAAUCCAAGAUCUUUUCGUCAAUUCCAUUCGAAAGGAAAGGCUCACCGGCCUGGUCCAGACAGCAUAGUUGACUGUGAACUUCUUUGUCAGUAA